AUGACCUACGGAACAGAGACGUGGCCUCUAACCCUGGGCCUUGUGCACAAGCUCAGCGUCGCCCAACGUGCUAUGGAAAGGGCUAUGCUCGGAGUUUCCCUACGAGAUCGAAUCAGAAAUGAGGAAAUCCGUAGGAGAACCGGAGUCACCGACAUAGCUCGCCGGAUUAAAAGGUUCUGGAAUGGAGGCCACGAACUGGACGACGAAGCGUGGGACGACCUCCCACAAGAUGGACGGACGACCUGGUCCGAGUGGCAGGGAGCCGCUGGAUGCAGGCCGCCGGUGACCGGUCGUACUGGAAAUCCUUGA